UCUCCACCCAGCCAGCAGAAAACCGGUCUUUGAAGUGCCACCAAAAUAUGGAACUUGAUUUUGGACACUUUGACGAAAGAGACAAGGCAUCCAGGAACAUGCGAGGCUCCAGAAUGAAUGGGCUGCCUAGUCCCACGCACAGCGCCCACUGUAGCUUCUACCGAACCAGAACCUUGCAGGCGCUGAGCAACGAGAAGAAAGCCAAGAAGGUACGUUUCUACCGCAAUGGGGACCGCUACUUCAAGGGGAUUGUGUACGCGGUGUCCUCUGACCGUUUCCGCAGCUUCGACGCCUUGCUGGCUGACCUGACUCGAUCUCUGUCUGACAACAUCAACCUGCCUCAGGGAGUACGGUACAUUUACACCAUUGACGGGUCCAGGAAGAUCGGGAGCAUGGACGAACUGGAGGAAGGGGAAAGCUAUGUGUGCUCCUCAGACAACUUCUUUAAAAAGGUGGAGUACACCAAGAAUGUCAAUCCGAACUGGUCUGUCAACGUGAAGACCUCAGCCAAUAUGAAAGCCCCUCAAUCCCUGGCUAGCAGCAACAGCGGCCAGGCCAGGGAGAACAAGGACUUUGUGCGUCCCAAGCUGGUGACCAUCAUCCGCAGUGGGGUGAAACCGAGGAAGGCUGUGCGAGUGCUUCUGAACAAGAAGACAGCUCAUUCCUUUGAGCAAGUCCUCACUGACAUCACAGAAGCCAUCAAACUGGAGACUGGGGUUGUCAAGAAACUCUACACUCUGGAUGGAAAACAGGUUACCUGUCUCCACGACUUCUUUGGUGAUGAUGAUGUGUUUAUUGCCUGUGGUCCUGAAAAAUUUCGCUACGCCCAAGAUGAUUUUUCCCUGGAUGAAAAUGAAUGCCGAGUCAUGAAGGGAAACCCAUCGGCCACAGCUGGCCCAAAGGCAUCCCCAACACCCCAGAAGAGUUCAGCCAAGAGCCCUGGUCCUAUGCGUCGGAGCAAGUCUCCAGCUGACUCAGGUAACGACCAAGACGCAAACGGAACCUCCAGCAGCCAGCUCUCUACCCCCAAGUCUAAGCAGUCUCCUAUCUCUACGCCCACCAGUCCUGGCAGCCUCCGGAAGCACAAGGACCUGUACCUGCCUCUCUCCUUGGAUGACUCUGAUUCCCUGGGCGACUCCAUGUGAGGGGAAGACAGUGCUCAGAGUCCAGAGUCCAAAUCCAAUCUUACCGUUACAGUAGAAUCCUUCUGCUCAAGUGUCCAUCCGGGCUAUUGGUGCUUUCAAGGUUUUAUUUGUCGUUCCUGUUGCUGUUCUUUUGGAAAACAUACUGUAAUCUGUUGAGUUCCUUUUCCUGUGAUUUCUCCUCUGGGCCACUGAUCCACAGUUACCAAUUAUGAGAGAUAGAUUGAUAACCAUCCUUUGGGGGUCACUUUCCAGGGAUGCAACAUGUGCCAGUCCAUGACCUUUCUAUUGAAUGCUCAGGCGCCUGAAUGAUUUCCCCCUGUCUUGUUUCACUCAUGCAGGACAGCCUUCCUCCUGUAGAAGGUUGCUUGCAUACAAAGCACUGAAAAUGGUUGGGUGGGUGGGGGGGACCUCAUUGGCGGAUCCAAGAGUGACAAAUACAAGAGCCCCUUGUCUACCAAUCUCAAGAAUUCUGGAGGAUCCUGGGAAUAUGGCAGGCAGCUCCCCCGCCUCGGUCUUCCCUUCUGCUUCAGCCCAUGUGUUGUCUAGCACUAAGUCUGGCUGUCAUAGGGGAGAAACACCAGCAACUUGUCAUUCUGACACCAGCUGCUUAGGCCCCUGGCUUAGGGCUAACUCAAAGAGACUAGGCAGGACUGGGAAAUACUGCAGACAUUUCAGUAGCAUUACAAAGCACAGUGAAUUCUUUGUCAACCUUUCUACAGGGGCAAGUUGGAAUCAAUAAGCAAUUGAUAUGGGUUGGAGGUGAGGGACUUCAUAUAGCCAAUUCCUCUAGGAGGCUGUCAAACCUAUCGAGUUAUUAUAAGAACUGCAUGGUAUCCAUCUAUCUCUGUUCUAUUGAAUGCCUUGUAAACAGCCAACACUGAAAACACUGUGAGAAUUUGUUUUCAGGUCUGACACCUUUCGGUCACUUUUUAUAGCCAGAAAUCAAUAUCCUUUUUAUAUCAAAAAAACCCAAGCUUGCAUCUAUACUUCAGGAGCAAACUCUUCAGGCUCCUUUUUUAUAAACUGGUGACUUUUCUUUUGUCUAAAAAACACAUGCAGAAAAUGUACCAAAAAAAAAAUUCAGAAGGAUACUGUAGUUUAGAAAUCAUGCUGUCACUGCCAAACAGAAACCUCCAGGAAAAAAAAAAAGAACAAAAUGAAUAGCCGAGGCCAAUUCAAUAGAAUCAGUCUUUUGAUAGCUUUUUAACAGUUACGCUUACAUGAAUAACUUACGUGUGGACCAGACAUUCUAAUUAUAUUUUCAAGGAAAUGCUAUGGCAUAUUUUCAACAGCUCUUUUUUAUCUACAAGCCUGAUCUUUCAUAUUGAAGACACAGUAAGCUUUCCCUUGUUUUGUAACUCAAAUAGAGGAUUUCUCUUUGUUGAGGACUGAUCAUCUGAAAUAGUACUCAGUCCUUGAAGUACAGGUUCGUAGCACUGCCUUUUGUCGGUAAGCAUUGCCCAUAAGGGCAAAAACAACUACAUUUCAGUGAAAGCCAUGCAUGCCAAGUUUGUGUUUGCUCUUAGCAGAGAUGAAGAUUUCCUUAGUUGUUUGUCAUUGUUCGAACCUUUUGAAAGGUGCAACAUUUGAAGCCAAGCUGCUGUUUGGCUACUGAAUGACUUCCCCGCUCUAACCGGAAUGAGCUUGGGGUGUGUGUAUGUGUGUGUGUGUGUGUGUGCGUGUGCAGCUACUUCGUAAUUAGGAUACAUUAUAGGACAUCCUGAUAGAGGUGUGUGGAAGCUGGGUGACAUUGCUGAUAGGCAUCGGGUAUUGGGUAGGGGAAAACCCAACGAUGGAAGAGGGAGCCCAGAUGCCGUGAGACAAGCUUCACGUGACUUUAACUACCAGAAAUAUGGAUGGUUCAGGAAAAGUCCACAGAUGGGUAGUCUUGGUUUCUGGUUAAAUUGCUCUCUAAGGAAUCCCAAAUUACAAGAGUCUCUUUUUGCCCUCCUCCUUUGUUUUUAGACCUGGCAAAGACCAUCAAGGAGCUUAUUUUACUUCUUUCUAGAAGCCCAGGGAACCCUUAAUGUUCCCAGAACAGUCUGUGCUUAGUGGGAAAUUUGGGUACUUGGGUUUGGGAAGUGGGGGUAGAGAGUGGAAGACUUGUUUCUGAACUUCAGGCCAGAAGCCUAAAAGGCCCACCCCUGGUCUCUCUCCAGAUCUCCUGGCAAGAGAUAAUUUUGUCCAAUACUUUCAUUUUUAAGUUGAGAAAACAGAGGCUCCAGGCAGUUAAAUGACUUGCUGAUAAAGGGCAGAAGCCAAGGAAGCAUCCCUGCUCCUCAUCUCGAGGCUCCACGCUCGCUUUCUGUGCAUUACAUUGCUGGCAGCACUUGGGCACUAGAAUGUAGGAAACAGAUACCUUUUCUUUAGAAUGGUCUGGGAAUCAACUGGCUUAUAUACUAACCAUGCUUCCUUCAUCCUGCUUUUAAUCAAGUACAAGGCAAUGGUCCACUGCAGGGUAUCUUGGCCUCAUUUAAAAUGUGAGCCUCCAAUAAUUGCAUUUUCAAGGGGCCUGUUUGUUAAGGCUGGUUUGGGUUGUUCUUUUUAGUUUUGUAGCCAAACUCCUUCACUCGCCUCAACCACUUCCAAUUUUACCCAAUUUUGUCUUACACACAGUAGGCAGUCAUUCAACAAGUUUUUGCCUGCCCCUUCCAAACACCACCUCUCUCUCUCUCACACACACACACACACACACACACACACACACACACACACACACACGGACAAACACACACACACUCCAUCUGUAGCUUAUUCCUACCUCCAGAGUUUUCUCCCCUACACAAGUAGACGUAGGAACAACGAAGGGGACCAUGUAUAUACAUAGAUGAGGGCUGGGCUGAGCAACAUCAUUAGUCGUGUUAUCUAGGUUUAAAUGGAGAGAAAACUUCCUUUUCUCUCCACUGUUCUGGAAAGGAUAGCCAUUAGCGUGACUGCUUUGUGUCCUUACGGACUUUAGUAUUAGCCUAGGUGGAAUCAUAGCGGUUUUUAGCUGGAAAGGACCUUAAGAUCAUAUCAUAUCCUUCAAAUCGCUCGUUUUUUUCAGGACAGGAAACGGAGACACCGAAGUUCAUUCAUUUCCCCAAGGUCACACAGCUAGCUACAGGCAGGGCUAGGAUUAGAACUCACAUCUUUGGGCUCAGCUUCCAGGGCCCUUGCCCAUUAAACUGUGUUGCACUGCAUGAAGCUCCUGAGGAUUCUUUCCCAGGGUCAAGUUGCAUCUUGGAGCCAUAUGCAACUGCCCUGAUCUCAGUGGGAAAUCCACCCAGCAAAAAUACAGCUCUUUCUCCCCACAGUCACUUGAUUCCUAUCUACGUGAGCUGCAGAUGUCCCCAAAGACAGAGGGAGGAUUGAGGACCACCAGGAACAAUGGGAUUCCCAGUCUUUUGCAUUCAACUCAGGGGACCACGGCCCCACCUUGAGGAGCCCCCAGAAGAGACCUUGCUCCC